AUGCCAGAAGUGAAGAUCGAAUCACCUGGGCUAAAAGAAGCACUGGUCGCUGCUUCACCUGGGGAAGACCUCGAAAAAGAAAGCGACACCAAUGGCACGGACGAAGAUGACGAAGUAGAAGACUUCGAGGAAGAAGAACUAGAAGAAAAAAUUGGUGAUGAAGGCAAGGAUAGUGAUGACGAGGAAGAUGGUGAUUCAGAGGAUGAACCUUCAGAAUCUGACUCGUCAGAUGAAGAAGAUACAGAUGAAGAGGAAUAUCUGGUUAGUCUGAUGCUUCUUAGUGUUGUCAGAUUCAACGCCAGGGUAGGAGUUAGGGAUGGGCGCUUUAUGUAA